CUGUCCCAGGGUGGAGUAGCUAUCCCACGACCAACCGGGUCUCGAGUCCUGGCCUUCAAAAUCCUUAAUUACAUGACUUUUCUAAUAAGGUUAAGAAAAUUACAAGGCACAUGUCAGUGAAUCAGCAAGAUUUAGAUCCAGAUAGUACUACAGAUGUGGAAGAUGUUAGAGAUGUUGAAGAGGAACUUAUCAAAGAAUGUGAAGGCAUGUGGAAAGAUAUGGAGGAAUGUCAGAAUAAAUUAUCCCUUGUUGGAACUGAGACACUCAAUGAUUCAAAUUCUCAGCUAUCCUUAUUAAUUAUGCAAGUGAAAUGUUUGACGGCUGAACUUAGUCAAUGGCAGAAAGAAACUCCUGAAAUAAUUCCACUGAGUGAAGAAUUUUUGACAACAUUAGGAAAAGAAGAGUUCCAAAAAUUGAGACAUGAUCUUGAAUUGGUACUAUCUACUGUUCAGUCAAAGAAUCAAAAGUUAAAAGAAGACCUGGAAAGGGAACAACAGUGGUUGAAUGAACAGCAGCAGAUACUGGACUCUCUUAAUGUACUAUACAAUGACUUGAAACAUGAGACUGUCACCUUUUCUGAAUCAAGAAUCUUUAAUGAGCUGAAAACUAAAAUGAGUGACAUAAAGGAAUAUAAGAAAAAACUAUUGUUUACCAUGGGUGAGUUUCUAGAAGACCAUUUUCCUCUCCCUGAUAGAAGGGUUAAAAAGAAAAAGAAAAACAUUCAAGAAUCAACUCUGGAGCUGAUAACAUUGCAUGAAAUAUUAGAGAUUCUUUUAAAUAGAUUAUUUGAUGUUCCACAUGAUCCAUAUGUCAAAAUUAGUGAUUCUUUCUGGCCACCUUAUAUUGAACUGCUCCUGCGUAAUGGAAUUGCUUUGAGACAUCCAGAAGAUCCAACCCGAAUAAGAUUAGAAGCCUUCCAUCAGUAAAAGAAUGGCCACUUUUCACCCAGACUUCACAGAAUCUUGUCAUUUAAGGAUAAUGGAAGCACUGAGAAUUACUUCAUUAAAGAACAUUAUUUUCAAAUCAAAGAGCAUAGUCCAUUUUCCUUUUAUACUUAAUAUGACACA